CCUUCGUUUAAACUUACAUCUUUACUGCAGAUAUCUUUGUGGAUCAAUCGACUUUUUAAAAAGAAAAUAUGUUUUCCAAGUGUUAUGAGUGGAAAUUAUCAGGGUUCAUUGUCAUUCUCCUGUAUUUUCAUAGUGUUGCUGGUUUCUUUGUGAAACAUAUCAAGACAGGAAUGUGUAUCUAUGACACAGCACGAAUACAGUCACAAAGCUGGCUAUGGGGCAACGUAUCUUUUCUUGAACUCUCCAACAACUGUCUAGAUCCAGCUGCUCAGUUUCGGUUUCGUGAUAAUGGCGCCAUGAUGAAUUUGAAAAGACAAGGAUGUCUUACUAUAUUUGAUAAGAGGGGUUUAGAUGAAAUGUUUUACCUCUACGUUCCUGCCACCCCAGUAAUUAAAGAAUCAUCUGCCUGUGCUGACCACCGGGUUAUAGAACAAACCUCUUCGGGAGGUUUACGUGGAUUUUUUAAUUCUGCAGCCAGGUGUGCAGACCCUGAUGGAUACAUAAAAACGAACCCAAGCUGUUUACACGGGGAGAAUAAACGUUUUAAUUUUGGUUCAGUGACAUGUUAUGGAAAAACGACAGAGAAUGUCACUUGUCCUAAAGAUCAGUUCAUGGUGGUCAAGACUGCAUCUUACCGUGGAUUGUCUGACUCAAAGACAUGUGGUUUGAGUGAUGAUUAUAGUUGUACAGUUGAUGUAACAUGUCUUGUUAAGAAACAAUGUGAUGGUCAACAUGAGUGUAAAAUAACUGUGAAUGAAACCUUGUUCUCUGACGAUCUGUGUCCUGGAUUGAAAAAAUAUCUUUACUUUGAAUAUCAAUGUUUUGAUAAUGUGAAAUCUUUUAGCGUUGUUUGUGGUCAUAUUUGCAACAAUCCUCUGUUAGAAGAUGAAGAAAGAUUUCCAGAUUCGUCAUUCACUGCGUCAGUUCCUUCAGAAAGUCACAGAGCUUCUGAUGCAAGGAUAUCUAGUGGUAGUUCUUGGUGUGCUUCCGUCUCAGAUGGCAAACAUUAUCUUCAAGUGGACCUGGGAAGACUUUAUGUGAUAUUGAUUGUCGCAAUAUUUGGUGACAGUACCAGUGCAAAAUGGGUGACAACUUUUUACUUAAAUUACACUGUUGAUUCUAACAAUUGGAAACAAGUUGAGACUGGAAAUCACAAGGUAAUUGAUACGUUUUCUUUUACAUUUUUAUGCCUACAUCAAAAGAGGGAAAUAUCAUAUACGAUAUUUCAGGGCAACAAGAAUGCUUUUAAUGGUGCAACCAUAACAAGUUUAAAUGUCACAACAACAAGAGCUUUACGGUUUAUUCCAUUAUCACAUGAAGUUCAACCUUGUAUGAGAAUUGAGAUCUGUGGUCACACCUUAUAUCCAGACCAACCUAGAAACCUCAUCGUCUUUAACAUCAAGUCACGAAGUGCUGAAAUAUCGUGGAUUGAUCCUGUGAAUCAAGGAUUUACCAGCGUAUCAAGAUUUUGGAUUAAAAUAAAGAAAGACGACUCGCUUAUUCUGAAUAUGACAACGGGAGAAAUAAAUAAAUAUAAAAUAGAUAAGCUCACUCCAUACACAAGUUAUGAAAUAUCUGUAGCUGCUGGAAACAAGGAUGGUUUUGGCGAAGAGACUAUGAUUGCGUUAUUAACACGAGAGGAAGCACCAGAAGGUCCUCCACUGAACGUCAAAGUCACUGCAGAAAGUUCAUCCUCAUUAUCAGUCACGUGGGAUCCUCCUGAAGAAGAGAAAAGAAAUGGCGUGAUCGUCAAUUAUAUUGUGUGUAUCUCACAUGAAGAAACUAAACCUUGCUUUAAACAACAUACUACAGAGAAGAUGAUGUUAGUCAUCGACAGUUUGAAUGCAUCAACCAAAUAUUUUGUUCGUGUUCUUGCAAGUACUAAAGUUGGUCGAGGAAACUACAGUAAAAGUCAGGGAAUAUUUACAAAUGGAGAAGGAACAAAGAUGGCAACAAAGAGAACAGAAACUACAUUAACUUUCUCAUUACAAAUCCCUUCAGAAAACUUUAUAUAUUUUUACGUCGUGGCUUUGAAACUGAGAAAAAGCAAUGACAAACUUCCAUCACCCAGCAGUUACGAUAACAAUGAUCUAGUAACAUACAAAGAAGCUAAAACGUCAGUUGAACCAAAACCUUAUAUUGCCGCCAUCAUAACAAGCAGAGAUGAAAACAUGUUUAUACUUGGUGAUGGUGGAAAUACAAGUUCUCAAACAACACGAAGACGAAGAUCAACAACAAAUUAUUAUUAUAAUGGACCACUGGAGUCUGGAGCAAGUUACAGUAUUUUUCAAAGGAUCUUUCUCGAUGACAAGGGUGAAUUUUACUCCACUGAUUGGAGUCCUCCAUCGACAACCCUUAGCAUAAACUCAGAUAAUGCCCCUCGUGUGUUAACCAACAUGUCCAGUGGUGACGUAAUGGCAAAGGAAGGUGAUCUUGUCAACUUGUUGUGUUCUGCUCAAGGUGAACCACCAAUUACUUUCAGUUGGGAAAAAGAUGGAAAGCCUCUGGAGAGUUUUUUAGAAAAGAAUACCCCUUAUCGCAGUUCUGUUUUGGUUGUAACAAUAAAAGACGAAAAAAGUUUUGGAAAAUACAUUUGCAAUAUUCAAGAUCGAUUUACAAAAACUGCUCAUACAAUUUCAGUUGUGAAACUUACAGGAGCUCAAGGAGAGGACGAUGGUCGCGGAAAUCUUCUUGUGGGAAUUAUAGUAUUAAUAAUUCUUCUGGUCAUUUUACUCAUUAUUAUCGUUUAUUUGUUUCACCGAGUUCAUCGUCUCAAAUCGUCAAGCACUACGGGAAAUUUGGAGAGGAAGACCAAAGACAGUUCCAAAGAUAUUUAUGAAAAUCCUAACAAAGAUGACGUUGACAAUUAUGAACAAGUUGAGAAUGAACAGUCGACGUAUACAGCUCUUAAAAGACCUGGAAAGGACGAAGAUGAUCAUGUUUAUGGUCAUCUGAAUCAAAGACCGCAAGAAUACGAAAACCAGAAGGAAACUGGAUUAUAAACAGGCUUUUGCACGGAACAUUUACAAUAAACUUAAGACAAAUAUUUCAAUAAUGAAAUGAGGAAGUUCGGGUAUUAUCUAUAAUCUGGUUAAGACCACCUGUUGGUUUAAGCUAAUAUUUCGACCGGACCUUAUCGUUUUAUCGCCAUUGGUUGAUGGAAAGUGCCAACAGGCAAUUAUGAAUAUUAAAUACAUAUGAUCAGUGAGCAUUUAAUACAUUACACAACAAGAUUUCGAGGUUUGAAUAGUCAUUGAGAAAUGCUAGUCAUUGAGAAAUGAAAGUCAUUGAGAAAUGCUAAGACCUAUAUAACCAAAUGACAUACGACAUAUAAGCAAGACAUGGGGAAAGAUAUAACAUGGAAAAUAAAUCAUAUAGACAGUGCUAAACUAAGCAUACCGGAAAACAAAUAAAUAAGGCCACAGACCAUAAGUAACUGUUGCUUAUUUAAUUUAAAAAAUCAAUUCAUCGAAAACAAAUUUGGUCUAGAGAGGAUCAUUUCUCUUAAUAUAACAUGACCAUGUCAUUUAGAUAGCUUUUGAGAAAGAU